AUGGCCUCUAACUCCGAUCGUCUUUGUGCCCUCAAGGCCUUCGACGACACCAAGGCCGGCGUCAAGGGCCUCGCCGAUGCAGGCGUCACCACCAUCCCCUCCAUCUUCCACCACCCACUGCCCAUAGAGCACACAGAUCAUGAGCACCACUUCACCAUCCCGGUCAUCGACCUCGCGCCCGCCACGGGUGGUACUACUACCACGCCAUCCAAGCGAGCUGAGGUGGUUGCAGCAGUGAAGGCGGCCGCAGAGACGAUGGGCUUCUUCCAGGUGGUGAACCACGGCGUGCCCAAGGCGGUCAUGUCGGAGAUGCUCGCGGCAGUGCGGGGCUUCCACGAGGAGCCGGUAGGGGCCAAGGCGCUCUACUACGGCCGGGACUAUGGUCGGCCUGUGAGGUACUGGAGCAUCUUCGACUUGUUCCAGUCACAGGCGGCCAACUGGCGCGACACCUUGAUCAUCGAUACGGCGCCGGAGCUGCCGCCGCCCGAGGAGAUCCCACCCACAUGCAGGAGCAUUGCACCCAAUGGCCACUUGGAGGAGGACGCCGCAUGCCUGGAGAGGCUCGCCGGCCACUACUACCCGCCCUGCCCGGAGCCGCACCUGACACUGGGCACCACGCGCCACUCUGACCCUUGCUUCCUCGCUGUGCUUCUCCAGGACACCGUCGGUGGCCUCCAGGUGCUUCUCGAGGAAGACUACGAUGACAACAACAACAAGAAGAAGUCGUCUGCUGUGUGGGUGGACGUACCGGCGGUGGAAGGUGCGCCGGUGGUGAACAUCGGCGGCUUCCUGCAGAUCGUCUCCAAUGACAGGUUCAAGAGCGUGGAGCACCGUGUGGUGUCCCAGAGCGUCGGGCCUCGCGUCUCUGUGGCCUGCUUCUUCCGAAGGCAGGACGUGGCCACGUCCACGAGAGUGCUAGCGCUAAUCAUCGCCGAGGGCGAGGCGCGGUACAGGAGCACGACGAUGGCGGAGCUGGUCCAGCACAACAGGGCCAAGGGCCCCGAUGGUAGCUCUGCGCUGCAGCACUUGAGGCUCUGAAUCAAUCCCAUCAAAACU